AUGAAGGAAAUGUCCUGCUUCUGCUUGGCUUUUUCUUCCUUGUUGGAACAGAUGGUGAAGGCUUACAAAUACGUGACUGGUAUUUUUUUAGUGACUCAUAGCUCAGAGCCACAGGUUUCAGAUGGUGUUAAGAAGCUCACCAGGAUGGAUGUAAGCAUGCUUGAGGAGCAGUAUGACCAUAUAAAACAGAAGCAAAAACUGCAACCACACAUUAUUGUAUAUAAAACAGGUGGACGUGAAUCUGCUCUGCCAGAAUCAAUGAUCAACCCUGUUCUAAUUAACAAGAAAGUUAAAAGGUCAAAGUCAUGCAGAGGAGACGUCCCUGUCAGAAAGGUCCCACUGGAGACAACCAAGGGUGGCGACUCAGAAGAGGAUUUGCUGUGGCGCGUCCACCUGGGCAGGCACCGCCUGGGGCAGGCCCUGGGACAAGGAGAUUCCUGGGAUCUCUCCCACUGCCACAGCACACCAUGGGGUUUUGACAACCAGAGACUGAUUUCAAAGGGAAAUGGCACACUGCAGACCGAGGAAUCAGCAGGAGCAAGUGAACUGGCUGAGCUCAGGCAGCUGGGAAGCUCAAGUGCACUGAACAGUCUCAGCAGAGAGAACGGCUGCAACAUUUCAAGCUCCUGCCAAAAGCCUCCUCUGAAAUCACCCACUGCAGCACUUUGGGCACAUCAGCACAUUUCUGUUACAAAAUGCAUGCCAGCCUGCAACAAACUGAACUUUUACCCUUUCCCAAAUAGGAAAGGGCCCAGAAUUUCUGAAGCUGCAAGGAGGCUUGGGUUGUAUGUCUCACAAUGAGGACAUUCAGUAAUACCUAAAACUUAGUCAAAAAGUUGACUAAAACAUAAAAUAGCAAAGUAGCCUUCUAGUUACACAGAGCAGCCUGCUGAGGGUUUACUGCUGUUAUUAGCCACAGAAGAUUCUGACUACAUAAUCUUUAAUAUCUUUAUAAUUUUUAACACAUUAUUUCAUCAUUCACUUUCAAGAUAUUCAAGAUAAUUUCUGAUGUAUUUUUAAAAUCAAUUAAUAAAACCUCUACUCAUGU